AUGGCGUCCUUUGAUGCGUUCGAGCUCCUCUCCGCGUGCUUGCAUCUGAGUGCAUUCGCCGGCGCCGUCAUCCGCGACGUCGUGCGCUCGGGCCAAGACCUCGACAUGGUCAACAAGGCCGACGGUGCCAUCGUGCACUUUGAUCCGCAGACGGUGGCCGACCGCCGGGCGCAACAGCGCAUCGUCGAGUCGCUGCGCGGGCACUUUGGCCAGACGCUGCAGAUCGUGGGCGAAGAAGGCGUGCUCGAGCCGCCGAUGCCCGAGGACGUCACGACACCGCAGACGGCGCUCGUGGCUGGCGCAUCCGCGGCGCUGGCAGCGGCCGACCUCAUUGUGUGGAUCGAUCCGCUCGACGGCACGCGCAAGUUUACAGAAAAGGCGUACGACCAAGUCUCGGUGCUCAUUGGCCUCUCGCACAAGGGGCGGCCGCUCGUGGGUGUCAUGCACCUUCCGUUGUCGGCAGCCACGGCACGACGCGGCCCACUGGUCCAGGAUGUCUAUGUCUGCCCCCUGCCCUCGCUCGACACCACCGAGUGGCAGUUUGUGCCCGUGCCACGCCCGUCCAUGCCGCCGAACGUGCGGCGUUGGGGCGUCUCCGAGACGCGCUGCGCGUACAUUGACGCGCUCCUCGCGUCGGGUGAGGCCGACGGAACGCAUGGCCGGUGGGAGAAGGGCGCGACGGGCAUCCUCAUGCUCGACGUUCUCCUCGGGCGCUGCGUCGCGUACGCGCGCUGGAUCCCGCGCACGAAGAAGUGGGACAUUUGCGUCGGCGAAGCGUUCUUGACCGCGUGGGGCGGGUCGGUCACCGACAUCUUUGGCUCGCCGUACGAGUAUGUUUUUGACGAUGCCAUGCACGGCAACGCGAAUGGCGUCCUCGCAACGCUUGACGCAGCCUUCUUCAAAGAGACCACGUCGGCCGCCAUCGCGCUCCGCAGCAUGAGUUUGGGCUCCUAA